GUCACGAGACUUCCUGUUGUUUGUAUCAAUUUUGGCCAAAAUAGAGGGCACACAUUUGAAUGACAUUUUACUCACUUAUGCGUGCGAACACACGCGCGCGCGCACACACACACACACACACACACACACACACACACACACCAACAUAUGUUUUGCUCCUGGUAAUUGCAUGUGUUGUUAUGCGUAGAAGGACUGUGAAUGCCUGUUCUGUAAACUGUGGGGAUUGGGACCAGCCAAUGUAUCAAUUCCUUUGCAGAAAACAUUUAAAGAUGAGGGGAAUGAGAAGAAGUCAUGCACGACACAUAGAGAAAGUGCAAGAGGUAACUGCAGGGAAGAGUGCUAGCAGGGAUUUAGCGUCCCUCACAUGCUGCUCUGGAUCAUUCCCCCUUUUGUGAGCUGGACAAUGAAAGCCAGGGGUACAGGGCUUAAAAAGGAUAGGCACACAGUCACAGCCAGCAACCCUGGAGAGACACCGGCCAACCCAGAGUUGCUGAAUGUUUAGGAGGACAGCGCUUCCUCUGGCUUCUCCACGAUGCUGUAUACUUUAGCGGGAGGGGGCACGCUCUGCGGUUUAGCUGCCCUUGUGCUCCUCAUUGUUUCUACGGCAACUGAUUUCUGGAUGCAGUAUCGGUACUCGGGUAGUUCUGCUAAUCAGGGACUUUGGAGGUUCUGCAUCAACCACAAAUGCCAUGCCCACACCAUAACUGUGGCCUUCUGGGAUGCCACCCGGGCCUUCAUGCUGCUGGCGGUGCUGAGCUGCUUCGCCGGUGUGGUGCUAGGCCUGAGCGCCUUCACUAACGGCACCAAGAACCGGAGGGUCCGCACGGGGGGCAUUGCCCUGGUCCUGUCAGGUUUUCUCGCUCUGCUGGCUUUGGCAAUCUACACCGGAGUGACCGUCACGUUCUUUGGCAAACGCUUCUUGGACUGGCGUUUUUCCUGGUCCUACUUCAUUGCCUGGGUGGCCAUCAUUUUGGCUUUUACAGCAGGUAUACUGUCAGAGAAGCUGCACGCUCCAUGUUCAGUAGGUCCAGAUACUCCCUCAGCCAUGAGUCCCUAG